AUGGCGGCCACGUGGAGUGAAUGUUCCGUAAAUCUUUCCAAUUUGACUCUUUUAUCUGUCAAAAACCUUGGAUUUCAGACAAUGACGCCCGUUCAGUCAGCAACAAUUCCGUUGUUUAUGACCAAUAAGGAUGUAGCAGUUGAAGCAGUUACUGGAUCAGGAAAAACUUUAGCCUUUCUAAUCCCUAUCAUUGAGAUUUUAAAUAGAAGGGAAGACAAAUUGAAAAAGCAUGAGAUUGGAGCUUUGAUCAUAACGCCAACAAGGGAGCUUGCUAAGCAAAUUGAAGAGGUCCUUGGUCACUUUGAACAUGAAUCAAUUGGCAUCAGUCAUAUGCUUUUUAUUGGUGGGGCAGAAACUGCAAAUGAUGUCAAGAGAUUCAAGGAAAAUGGUGGUAAUAUUGUCAUUGGAACCCCUGGACGAUUGGAAGAUUUAUUAACAAGACAACAUCAACACGGAGUAGAUUUAGCUUCACAUCUCAAGUGCUUGGAAGUUCUGGUUCUUGAUGAAGCUGAUAGACUCUUGGACUUAGGGUUUGCAGCAAGCAUUAAUUCAAUCUUGGGAUUUUUACCAAAGCAAAGAAGAACUGGUUUGUUCUCUGCUACACAGACAGAUGAAGUAGAAGCUCUGGUCAGAGCAGGUCUCAGGAAUCCGGUCAGAGUAACAGUCACAGAGAAAUCGAACAAAAAUAAGGUGGGUUGCACUGCAGUUGCAUGCAUAUAUGCUGGUUUGCAAUCAUUCCCUUGGAAUCCCUGUCAGACAGACGAUAGGCAGCCAUGUUGUUUGUUUGAGCUAGGUGUUCUUGUUUGUACCGAUGUAAUGGCUAGAGGAGUAGAUAUCCCAGAAGUCAAUUGGGUCAUACAGUAUGAUCCUCCUAGUAGUGCAAAUGCCUUUGUACAUAGAUGUGGCAGAACAGCACGAAUCGGAAAUGAAGGGAAUGCGGUGGUUUUUCUACUGCCUCAAGAAGAUUCAUAUGUACAGUUUAUAUCCAUAAAUCAAAAGGUACCACUUCAGAAACUGGAAAUAGAUAAAGAAUUUCCUAACCUUAUACCAAAAUUCAAAAAGCUAGCUACAAAAGAUAGGGAUCUAUUUGAAAAAGGAACAAAAGCAUUUGUGUCGUUUGUGCAGGCUUAUCGCAAGCACGAGUGCAGUCUUAUUUUUAAAUUUAAAGACUUAGAUCUUGGUCGACUAGCGGAGGGAUUUGGACUUCUUAAGCUACCAAAAAUGCCCGAGUUAAAAGACGUUAAUGUACAAGGAUUUUCACCGGUGAUUAUGGAUUACGACAAAAUCCCUUACCAAACAAAAAUCCGCGAAAAACAACGACAGCUCAAACUACAAGAACAAAAAGAUGGAAACACUAAACAGAAGAACAAUAAACGAAAGGCAACUAAUGAUCRGUCUUGGUCUAAAAACAAAGAAAGAGUCUUAAAACGAGCUAAAAGAAAAGCAAGAAGAGACUUCCAGCGAAAACAGAAACAUAAAUUUGAUGAUGAUGAGCUUGAUGAACUUGCYGAUGAGGCGCGAUUGGUGAAAAAGUUAAAAACUGGCAAAAUCACAAAAAGUGAAUUCGAUGAUGUAUUCAUUGGAACAGAGGACUCAACAGAGAUGAAUUCAGGUCCGUAAGAUCAAUUUUUUUUGCACCAAAUCAAAGCUUCCCGUUUUGCCUCCGUCUCUGCUUACUUCCUUAACUGUAUGRUUGGUCUUUCGGAAACCAAGACCGGUACUCUUUUUACAAAUUUAGUUUAAAAACAAAGAUAAAAUUYCUUUCCCUUGAGAACCAGAAGCUGGACUUAACGUCACUGUCUCAAGCAUGUUUGCGCCGCGCAAAGGAAAGUGGAAUAAUGUACAGAAUGAAUAGUUGAAAUAAAUGACAAAAACAAAAAUGUAGGCAAUAAAAAGUAAAGAAAUGUUUGCUGUCA